CCUGUCCAUCCAUCCGUUCACCGGUCUACUAUCGUGUGUGAGUGUGUAUGUGAGUGUGGUGAAGACAAGCGUCAUUCUCCUUCUUUCUUCCUUCCAGGGUGCGCGCAUCACUUGUGAAAAACGGCGCUCGAGAUCCACAAGUUCAUCUGUCCUCGCGACUCGAAUCCCUCCGCUGACCCAACAUUCUUACCUCCCAGUUUCAUUUUCACCUUCGUCCUCACUUUCUUGCUCUGCCUCGGAGGAUCCAGCCGUGGUGGACUGGCUAACACUGGGCGUAGCUGGAGAGGAUUUUGCUAGCUCGCCUCUGCACCGACUGACUUACCCUCACUGCAUCCGAGAAGCCUCCACAACUGUUGUCAACCUGUAAGAUUUAAGACAGCCAGCCCUGUCCUGCAGAGACGGAACACCGCCAUUCAAGGGGAGAUGAAGCCGGAUGGGGUUGCCACGGCAGCGCUGGAGCCGAUGGAAACAUUGGAAUCCAAUCCAGUAAAUGAGGCAGCACCACCCGUGGAGCAGGAGCCCAACCAGCCCAACCAGGAGGAGAUGCAGCAGCAACCUGUGGGAGAGGCGGGUCAAGGAGAGCCACAGCCAAACCAGGCCAAGGAAACCCCGGCUGCCAAGACCAGCAACAAGACUUCAGGAGACUCCAAAGCCAAGACUACCAACAAGGCCGCGGCCAAGACAAAACCCGCCACCACUAGCUCACCCAGGACCCCAUCCGGUCCGCGGUCAAAUACAUCGCAGACCCGCGUCUCAAAUGGUAAGCCUCAGACUAACGGCGUGGCUAAAAAGACUACCCCUGCUGCAGAAAAGAAGAGCACCCCGACCACAGCUCCCGCCAAAAAAACCAGCGGGGACAGUUGGGGCCUCAGCCUCCAAGAGCACCAAUAAAGUGGGCGAGAAGAAAGCCACGGGUAUGAGCCCUGCCACCAACGGGGCGAAGGCAGCACCAGCAGCCAAAAAGACACCAUCCAUGACAGCUAAUGGUGUCAAAUCCAGCACGUCUGCAGCUGCUGCUAAAAAGCCCACAGCCUCCAAGACUCCUUCUACAACUUCCACCAAGCCUAGCUCUGUUUCCUCACCCAAACUCGAGAAGCCACCUGUUUCCAAGACAACCAGGCCUUCAUCCAGCACUCCUCGUCCUGCUACUGGUUCAUCUCAGUCAGCCGGCUUAACCAAGAGCUCCACGGCCACAUCCAAACCUGCCACUCCUAAAACUGCCUCCACUGCUGCCAAGCCUGCUACUCCCAAAUCAACCUCCACUACUCCCUCUGGUGGCAAACCUCCAGUAUCGCAGACAUCGAGAACUACAACCCCUGUGAAAAAAGAUGUCUCCAAACCAGCCACUCCAGCAGCCAAAAAGCUUACGGACUCUCCCCUGACACGGCCUUCCUCUACAACAAAGUCUGCAGCAAAACCUGAGACCCCCAAGUCAGCUUCAAAAUCUGAUGUCGCUACCAAAAAGCCUUCUGCAAGUAAAACUGCAGAAACAAAGACUCCAAACCGCUCCAAAACACAAGAGAGUAAGCCCACACCCCAUAAGACCCCUAACACCAAAACAGCUCCAACCAAGACAUCCAGCCCCAAGAAGACUGUGGGAAGUAGCACCCCAACUCCAGUGAAGCGCGGCCCCAAAGCUGCAGCAGUGGCUGAGCCUGCAAAGGAAAUUGCUGCAGCUGUAGCUGCUGCGGCAGCCAUUGCUACCGCAGCCACUGUCAUUGCAGGACCAGAAGAGUCACAACCUCCAGCAGAAGUUGCCGUGGAGCCGUCUGCUGCAGACAAAACACCCAAGCCCACACCAGAACUGGUCCCUGUAGCAGUGUUGGAGCCUGUGCAGGAGUCGACACUCGAACCGGUUCAGGAGCCCAAACUGGAACCAGUGCGGGAGCAAACGCCUGAACCAAUCCGGGAGCCGACACCAGAACCAGUGUGGGAGCCAACGCCUGAACCAAUCCGGGAGCCGACACCAGAACCAGUGUGGAAGUCAACUCCUGAACCAAUUCGGGAACCGACACCGGAAACAGUUUGGGAACCCACACCAGAACCUGUACGGGAACCAUCUCCUGAGUUCCCAGCAGAACGCUCUCAUCCAUCAGCAGGUGUAGAACUAGGAGCUGCAUUUGUCCAUGAACCAGCUUCUAGUGUACAAAUAUCAGCCCAGAUGGACCCUUUUAAAUUCCAAGUGUCUGACCAGUCGGUUCCGUGUCUGGGAACCACUGUCAUGUCUCCUCCCUCCUCCCCGCCGGGUCCUGCUUCUCCCAUCAGAGAACCACAGAACACCUCCUCUCUGCUAGACAUGGACGUCCAGUCUGAUGCCUGGGACCAGAACCAGGCCCCCGCUACCCACAGCCCAGUUAAUAUGAACUUCCAGACAGAGGAGGAAAAGGAAAAUAACAAAGGGUAUGAACCGCAGGAGAUGCCUGAGGAAGAAGAGGAGGAGCAAGAGGAUGAAGAUAAGGAGAACUUGUUGAUGCCUACCUCCACAGUUCCAGAGGCCUUUUCUGCUCCUGCACAACCUCACUUUUUGGGUGCCUCACCUCUGGGUGACUUCACCUCCGGAGAGCUGAUAUCCCCUCAUGAAAAGGAGGUGGCAGUGGAGAAGGCUGAUGAGGAGAUCAAUGAGGAUAUCGACGAAGAGGAUGAUGAUGAUGAUGAAGAACAGAGGAGACUAGGCCAGCAGCUUUCAUCCAUGGCGACUGACAUUAGCACUUCUCAGCCCUCUGACGAGUUCCAAGUCCGGUCUUCAGCGUUUGGCGGUUCAGCGGGUUGGCACGGUGACGACCUGCUGUCUGGGAUGGACUCGGAGGACGUGAGCAGCUGCACGAGCAGCCGGCAGCCGGGGGUGUCAGACCUCAGCAGCACCCUCCACACCGCCAUACUGGAGGGCACCCAGAGCUCAGACGCCUUGGUGGACUCCAGCCUUCGAGGCUCAGAGGGAGACUGUAAUCUCAUGGGCUCUCCCAAUGUGGAAACCCUCGCCAAUGAGGAAGAGGAGGAUGAGAACGAAGAGGACGAGAGGGUGGAUGAUAUCGACAUGAGCUCAGAGAAAGCAGAGGAGCAUCAAAGAGGGUUUCAGGAGGAGGAGGAUGAAGAUGUAGAGAUGCACAGUGAAGGAGUGAUGGAGGGCUUUGGGAACGAUGAAGAUGACUUGAACAAAGAGGAGUGUUUAGAUAACUUCAGUCACUCUGGUCCUCCUCCUUGUGCCCCCACUGCUCCCUUCUGGGGUCAGACCAACCCCUUCGCCGACACCUGGGCUCAGCCAUCCUCGCUGCUCUCCGUCUCUUCCCCUAGCCCCCUCUCUGACCACGGUGCCGCCGAAUCUGAGACACCCACCCAGUCUCCUGCCCAGGCAUAUUUAGACAACAGCGCCCCUUCAUUUGCUCCUUUGGAGCCCCAACACCAUCAUUCAUCAGAGAUGAAGGAUUCGGCUCCUGAAGAGGUUCAUGACCUGCUCAACGCCCCUGCUGUGGCCAUGUCCCAGUCCAGCACCCUGAGCGGCACAGCGCUGGCCGCCCACAGCAGCAGCGAGACAAGCACGCCGGAGGAGCUCCAGGACUACGACAGCAGUUCUGGGGUGGAGUCCCGUUCUGAUAAACAGCACACCCCUGUGCCCACUGCAGUCCAGCCUGACAUGGAGCAAGACCUGGGUAUUCACUUGGAGAAAGGUGAUGGAGAGGAAGAGGAGGCUGAGACGCUGCCUGCUGAUGAGGUUCUAGGAACUGGACCCCCAACUGCUCCAGCGUCUGCCCCUUCAUCCUCCUCCACCUCAGGCGAUGAGGCCAGUGACACAGAGGGUGAGAUGCAAAUCAACGACCCAGAGGCACCAGUGGAGAUGGAUGACGAGAGGGUUGGAUUUGAAAGCCCCCCUCCUUCCUGCAGCCUACCAGCUCUGGAGGAGGAUGAGGAGGCAGUGGACACGGCAGCCGGAGAGGGCGAAGAGGAUGGAGGUGGAGCCACCCCUCAGUCAGCCAAUUCUGUGGCAUCUUAUGGCUUCGACUGCACCACAUCCAACUCCAACGCCCAUUCCAUGGCCGAGAGCUGCGGGAAAAGCCCAGGGAUUUUCUCCCUGGAGAACGAGGAGCAGCUUCCAGAGGAGGCCAAGGACCCCUCCCUCAUCAAGGAGCUGACUCUCCCAUCGGCUGCUGCCGCCCAGGCCGAGGACCUGCUGGGCAGCCCUGUGGACCUGAUGCCUUUGGGCCACGCAGAAGACAACUUUCCCAGUCUGGACGACCACCACUACUUGUUCGGAGGAAAGAUGGCAGCAGAACAUCUUGAGGAGGGCGACCCAUUGGAGCCCAGCCAACACCUUGGGGUCCAGGAAUCCGGAGACCCCGGCGACAGCCAGCCACCCUACUACUCUACCAUAUGUGAUAAGACUGAUAGUUUUCUGGAAGGUAACGUAUAAGUCCCUCCUAUUAUCCCUGGAAUGCACCUUUUCCCUGUAACCCACCUCCUUUUCCCUGUUGUUUGUUUUCUCUCCAGUUGGGUUAGAUGUCUUAGCAGGAAAAAAAAUAAAAAGGAGAGCAAAAUUGUAGAAGAUUUUUCAAAACAAAUGAAGGACAUGGAAAAUAUGACUGUAGCAAUUUUUAAAUCAAGCGUCCCUCUUUCUUACUGUUCCGGUCAUGGUUCAGAGUGUUUGGCUAAAACUCCAUUACCUACAAAAGCCACUCGUUUUUCUAGCAAAAUGUUCUUUUUAAGUAACACUGCAUAUUCUGUAGCUCCUGAUGGGGUACUGACUGAAUGGUCCAAUGAGACUGAGCCUUUAAACGGAAAAAGAGGAAAAAAAGAAAAAAACACUGAUGGAAGGAAAUGGACUCAUUGUGUAUUUAUCCUACUGUUUUUACCGAACAAAUGUCAAAUUUCUUUGUUUUGUUUUGUAUUUGCUUAUUUUUUUUAUUUUUACUUUUUUUUUUUGUUUGUUUUUGUUAAACCUGGUCCUCCCCGCCCUGUGUACACACUCUCCAUGUUCGGCACCAUAGCGAUAGUCACAUACUCUUUUUGAAAGUUUUUUUGUUCUUGUUGCAAGACUUUUAGCUAUCCAAUAAAAGCUAGAUAUUAACAUGGCUGUUUUGCCUUUUACAGGUUUAUUGAAUUAGGUGUGGGAGGAUUAGAUUUAGGGCUGACCCAAAUGCUUCGAAGCUUUGACCGUUGUCAUGGAAAUUGACAUUCAGAUUAGUAUAUGUAAUUCAUAUCGUUAGAAAUCCUGAACAGCCAAUAAAACAUCAUGUUCGACAUCAUUUUUACUCUCAGUCAAAGAUAUUAAAUCUAAGUGUGAUUAAUGCUGCAAGCACUGAACUAAUUUUGCAAAAUACUGAAAAAAAUCCAGUAUCUGGAUAUAUAUGGUCUACAAAAACUCAUAAAUGUACAAGGAAGUUGUCACAAAAGCUUUGAAACCUCCACAGAUGGUAUUUGGGACAGCCCUUAAUUAGAUUGCAGUUGGUGGUGUUUUUAAUGUGUGCUUCGGGUUCUACGCUUUUUGCAUAGGUCGUUAAGGUAUAAAACGUGCAGUCACUUACAGUAUAUGUUUCAGGAUUUCAUUUUUAAGAGGCUAAACUUCAAGCCUCAGUUAGCUGAUACUGUUUAUGUUGCAGGAGAGAUCCGCUAGUCUAAUGUUUGGCGAGACUGCAUAACCCUACAUGGGUAUCACAGCUGAGCUUUACACUCGGAAACUUUUACAUAGCAGGCUUUUUGGUUGACUAUUUCAACAGUAUAUUGCAUGUUUAACUAACAAAAAGACUGUGUACUACCUGAAAGUUGAAACAGUUCUUCAGUAGACUUGUUCAGAGCUGAAUGGUUCACACUAGGUUACCUUUCAAAAUUCCAUUAAAACAUCAUUGUAAGGCA